UAAAAUUUUAUUAAGGGAUUAGGUACAAGUUAACUGUAUGUACGAGUACGGCUUUUAAAAUUUUAUGGUGUUAAAGCUCACUGCGUCUCCUUCAGCAUAAUUUGUGCUAAACGGCAUUCCACAAAAUUAUAAAUGGCUUUUUUUCGUUCCGAGGAUGUUGCGGAUGGUUUUCUUAUGCAGCAGCCGCAGCAGAGUACUUAGUUGCUCUUGUAAGUCUUGUUCCAUACAUAAGUGAACUGCUGUCAAGAUUGUUUUGUCUGUUUUGAAAAUUGUUAUCGUUUUUACAUUUGUUACAAGUCGGAUUGCCGAUUGUGGAUCUGCUUCCUGUUUAAUGAAGCAAUAUUAUUGAUUAGGUAUUGUCUUACACCUUUGACGGGAGCGUAUACACAAACUUCUGUGCCUUUGACAGGAAACAUUUCAUCUUCCAGUAUUCUCUGAAUGCUCGCAAAGCCACAGUGAUUGUCGAUGGCGCAGUAGUUUUGCUAGACACGGAAUAAGCCAGCUAAUCGUAUACCCUUUUAUUCGUGGAUUGAUCUUGUUUCUUUGUCUUAACUAUGGACCGCAGUACGAUGCCUGUGGAAGGAACCCUUCCGAAAAAGAUAAAAGUGGACAGCGAGCCGGAAGGCAGCAGUCAGAACGGCAUCGAGGACAAGGUUGCAUACGGCGAAGCGGAUUCCUCCAGUGAGUAUUACACUGCGCACAUGUCCAGUGGUCCGGAAAGGAGCGAGUUGCCAGCGGAGCCAGCAGAUCUCACCGGUGCCGUGGAUGUGCGGGAUGGGCCCGCGGACGAGGAGCCGUCGACUAGUGCUGGCAGCCGCGGCGAGCCCCUGCAGGCGCUGCUGGACUUCGUCGAGCCGCAGUAUGUGGACGAACGCACCCAGCAGCAGAUGCUGAGUAUUGAGAAUGAGAUUAAGGAACACGUUCCCUUCGUCUCUGUGAAAGAGAGUUUGGACAUCUUGGAGGAGGAAUACUCUGACCCGGUUUAUAUUCAGAAAAUCGCGAAUCUGCAAAUGAAGUACGAGUGGCUGCGUCGCACUCGUGGAGACGGGAACUGUUUUUAUCGAUGUUUGGGGUUUUCCUUGUUUGAAAAUGUUAUGCUGUCUGGCGAUCAGGAAAAAGCUGAAAGAUUGAAAGCCUUAAUGGUGGAAUGCAAAGAUCGGAUACUCAAAUUUAAUUACCCGAAGUUGACCAUGGAGGAUUUUUUGGACAACUUCAACGAUCAGUUGACACGUCUGAUGGAGACUCCGACAGAGGAGGAAUUAUUGGACAUUUUCAAUAAUCAGGGAUGUUCGGAUUUUAUUGUUGUGUGGCUUAGAUUCCUUACCGUGUUGCAGCUACGCAGCGAUCCGGAGUUUUACGGGAAUUUUAUCGAGAAUCAUGCCAACGUGGAAGAUUUCUGUAGAGCCGAAGUUGAGGUGAUGUUUCGCGAAAGCGACCACAUUCACAUCAUUGCCGUAGCAUCGUUGCUCAGUGUCAAAAUACGCGUGGAAUACAUGGAUCGUGGUGGAAGUUCCUCGGUGAUUGCCCACGAUUUUCCCGAAACCGAAGCUGAACCGGAAAUAUUCAUGUUGUACCGGCCUGGUCAUUAUGAUAUUUUGUAUAAAAAAGGAACAUAAAUGCGUUUUCAUGGUUUUCUAUACAGUUUGCCAUAAAGAUUUCUGUACUCACGUUUUGAUUUUGAGCUUAUUGGUAGCGUGUUUUGCACGAUCUAACGACAUCAGUGCUUUUACUAAUGAUUUUCAACUUUAUUUUGAAAUUACUUUGGGAUUUACUGGUAUUUAUUCUUAUAAACUGACUGGGGACAGUGGAGCUGAUAUAAUGGCACGAAUAAAUUUGUUCGAUCUCA